AUGGCUCACGGAACUUUGCGAGCGCUGGCAGCGUUCUGCCACUUCAUGGUUUUCGCGUCGGCGGUGAUUGUUACGGGCCUGGUGUCCGCCUUUCUCGACAGGUGGGCCUUCCGGGGCUACCGCGUCGUCUACCAGGAGGUCAUCGCCGUCAUCACCUUGGUGAUAUACAUGUUUGCGAUGUUCGUGCCGAUCAUGAAGACGUACCGGGGCUACUUUGCACCCGUCAACUUCAUCUUUUCGUACCUGUGGCUGGCGUCCUUCAUCUUUUCGUCGCAGGACUGGAGUGGUCGGCUGUGUUCUCAGACGCCGCUGGGCACAGGCAGAUGCGCGCAGAAGAGGACGGUGGAGGCCUUCAACUUUAUUGCGUUCUUCUUCCUGCUCAUCAAUGUGAUCAUCGAAGUGGUUCUCUUCUCCGAGUCUCGCGACGACUCGUAUAUCACACCCCCUCCGGUGUCCAAGGAGCGCCCUGGGACCGGAGGCACAGAUGCGAGCGCGACGCCGGCCGUGCAGAAUCCAGCUUAA